AUGUGCUCAUUUUCUUCCUCCCUCAUUAGCUGCCUUAUGCUCAGCAAUCCCAAUAUACUUUCUGUGGUUUUAACAUAAUCCCCACCUGUAAAAACUUCUCAAAAAAUUUCACUUACAAAAAAAAAAGAAAAAAAAAAGAGAAGAUAAACCCCUGCUGGAAAAGUUUUGAAACUGGAUAGUGCGGAGGGAGCAAAAAAGGAAACUGAAUCUCGAGUGUCUAUUCGGAUUUCAAAUAGUUCGGCUGAAAUUUUGGAUUUAAACAGCAAGUAGGAAAGUGUAGUUAAGCAACAUGAUUCAUUAGUAUGGUAGACCAUGAAUUGAGGUUUAUUGAAGAACCCUAUUUGCGAUGAUUAUUUGUCAUGAUUUGACGCUGGAGGUUUUGACGUUGCACAAAGUUUUACUCCAUUUGUGCUGAUUACAAGAACUUGGAGUAAAGUUUGAUAUCUAUAAUGGAUAGAAAGGACACUUCAGGAUUCGUAAGCGGGGGUGGGAUGUGCUCUUUUUGACACAUCUAACCCUAGUUUAGCCGCUAACUAUUUUUUAGCCUGGAAGUCAGGCCGACUGUUCUUUUGCAAUUGAGAUUUGGUUCAAUAGUAAUUUUUCAUCCUAGUCAUGGAUCCCAGAUUCCACUAUUUGGGAUUUGCUGCGAACCCGUUUUUAAAUGCAUCCAAAAAUCUGGGCAAUUCCAUCCCAAUUGGCGGAGCUGUAGCUGAAGGUGGUUAUUGUGCUGAUACCACCCUGCGUCUUGAUUCGGUUGGGUCUCUAAUACCUUCAGUCCAUUCCCCAAAGGAAAUUGAUCAGAAAAUUGAUUCAUCUUUAUGUCUAAGUUUAGGCCAUUCAUCAACUUCCACGGAAAGUAAGUGGAGUUCAGGCAUUUUAUGCACCUCACUAUCUCCAGUAAAAGAAACUCACAAGUCCUUGAUGGACCUGGAAGUGAACUUCGGUUUUUAUCUUGCCAAUGAGACGACAGCAAGGCCGAAAAGUUCAGCUAUCUCCAUUCCAAAAGUACUUGACGCAGGGACUGCAAUUGAUCUGGAACUGAGUCUUUCCAGUAGUGCCGCUGAAUCUGAUGUUACUACUGUGCCACACGGUUUUGGUGGAGCUUUUCAUACUGAUGAAGUAUCGACAGGUUCUUAUCGGAAUACUGGUAGCUUUUUUCAUCCAUUGCAUGCGCCACAGGACAAAGAGGCUAAUUUCUUCUCGAAGCAGGCAAUAAAAGAAGUUGAGCCAUCUCCAGUCUCUCCUGAUCCCUCCUCAAGUGUAAUAACACAUCCAAAAAGCUCAGUAACCUGUACUUCCGGGUCAACAAAGCAUCAGCAGCAGCAGCGCAACAGUGGUAUAAAACAGUGUCAGUUCAAGGGAUGUGUUAAAGGAGCAAGAGGUGCUUCUGGCCUUUGCAUUGCCCAUGGUGGAGGCCGUAGGUGUCAGAAACCGGGCUGUCAUAAGGGAGCCGAGGGUCGAACCGCAUUCUGCAAGGCCCAUGGCGGUGGUAGGCGGUGUGAAUUCCUAGGGUGUACCAAAAGUGCAGAAGGACGCACUGAUUUCUGCAUCACGCAUGGGGGUGGACGCCGUUGCAGUCACGAAGGCUGCACGCGGGCUGCAAGAGGGAAGUCUGGAUUAUGCAUUAGACAUGGUGGGGGCAAGAGAUGCCAGAUGGAGAAUUGCACGAAAAGUGCGGAAGGACUCUCUGGCCUCUGCAUUUCACAUGGAGGUGGCCGGCGGUGUCAGUACCCCCAAUGCACUAAAGGGGCGCAAGGAAGCACCUUGUUUUGUAAGGCCCACGGUGGUGGGAAACGUUGCAUAUUUGAAGGGUGCAAUAAGGGCGCAGAGGGGAGCACGCCUUUCUGUAAGGGUCACGGUGGAGGGAAAAGAUGUACAUUCCAAGGAGGCGGGGUUUGCCCAAAGAGUGUGCAUGGAGGGACUCUCUUCUGUGUGGCGCAUGGUGGUGGUAAGAGAUGUGCUUUCCCAGAGUGCUCCAGGAGUGCUAGGGGCCGGACUGAUUUCUGCGUGCGCCAUGGUGGUGGUAAAAGAUGCAAAUUCGACGGCUGUGGAAAAAGUGCUCAAGGAAGCACCGAUUUCUGCAAGGCCCACGGUGGUGGAAAAAGAUGUUCUUGGGGUCAACCUGGUUCCGAGUUUGGCCAUGAUAAUCCUUGUAACUCAUUCGCCAGAGGGACGACACGUGUAUCUCAUGGUGCUCUGAUGCAAGACAAACGUGUUCAUGGUGGUGCCACUCUAGGGGCUGUGGUCUUGGAUCCAACACCCCAAAAUCUGGGGAAGAUGAAGGAGAUUGCCAAUGUACAGGAUAUGUAUAUUGAUAUUAUGAAGAUGGGAAAUAACAUUUUGACAUCUACCGGUUGGAAAUCUUUUGAGUUAAAGGAAGGGAAUACGCCAGUUGGUGGAAGCUCAUCAUCAGUUUCCGAGGGAAGAGUGCACGGAGGAAGUUUGAUGGCAAUGCUGGCCGGUGGUUCAAACUGCACCAGGGGCACAAUGACUACAUCCGCGCCAGGGAAACCUUUUGGUAACGCCUAAAAACUACAUGUGAGAUACACUAGCCGCUUCAUCCUUGCAUUUUGGUUGUAAGCCUUGAGAAUUCCGGAUGUUUGUGUCAAUUUCUGUUAUCUACCUUGUUCACUAUUAUGGUGAUUGAGAAGCUGUUAUCUUUCAUUUGUGAAGUUGGGUUUCGACUUGAACCUACUACUGUUAUAGUACAACAACAAAAAACAAGACACCCUUGUGCUAGUGGGGUCUGGAGAUCAGCUCAGACACCGGCGGUACCUAUUGUUGGUACCUAUUGUGAUACCAGGUCUUCAGGAGGCUUUGGCUCAGAUCGUGAGCGUGUACACGGGCCUAGCUAAGGCGGUUACUAUACUGGUAGUGGUUACGCAUACAUUAUCCCUACCUUGUGCAAGUAGAGAGACGUUAUAGUAUAUAGUGGUAAUAAGGGGAGGUUCUAGGCUGAAAGUAAGUGUAAGAGUUUGGUGUCCAGUAUUGGCUUUAAUGUACAUUUGUACAUAGCUGUUUUCUUGUAGCUUUGGUCUUGUAAAUAUUUUGAGGUAGUAUGAGUAACUCAUUAUAACUUUAUUUCUAUAG